UGCAACUGCCCAUGAUGCAACUCGGCGCGCUAACUUCAAGAUAGAUGUUUGUUUUCAGUUCAGCGCAGAUAUUUGCCGCUUUACUGUAGUGGUGUCUCAAACCUGUUGGUGUAAAUGCUAUUCGUGUCUUUCCUUCGAGCUAAAUUAGUCAAACUUUAUUUUCUUGUUUCUUUGUAGUAUUUUAGUAGCUGAAGCUGUCUUGGAAAGUUCGCAGCUGCGUUUAUUAAAUAGUCAGAGUCUAGCCUACAUUUAAAUAAAUAAAAAAAUAACUUGCUGACGGGUCAACGGAGGAUGAGCAGUCCAGGAGACCGCAGCGGCUGCUCCGUCAGUCCCGCUGACCUCUUUGAAGACGUUUGGAGGCAGCUAAAAGAGUGCCACCACAACACAGUACAAGAAUAUGAGUCGAAAGUGAGCAAGCUGAAAAAGGACCGCUGUCUAGACGCCCAGAAGCUGGAGGUGUUUUAUAAUCGCAACCAGCAGCUCAAGGAACAAAACAAAAGCCUCCAGGACUCCAUCGGCCUGCUGGAAGACAGGCUCCGUGUUGCAGAGUGUGAUCGAUGUGCCGCCUUGGAGGAGAAGCUGAAAAGCAGUCAGGAUCAGAAUAUGGUUGUCAUCACUAAACUAAAAAAUGAGAACAAAAACCUGGAAGAUGAAAACAGAAAUCUUCAAGCUGAACUGCAGAAGAUGAAGAUGCGUCACAGAUGUUGUUUUUGCAUCAGUGCGGACCUGGAGGAGACGUCGGAGCAAGACGAGGGCGUCAUCCCGGACUCGCCGAUCCUGACCAGCUCGCUGCCAGCGGCGAACAAACUGAGGAAACGGAAACACCCCGACAAGAGCAGACAUGUCCGUUACGCAGAGACGCCGCUGCCGCAGAAGAAUAACUCCCUCUUUAAUGAGUUGAAGAAAGAGGCUGAUGGAGGUGCAAAGAAUUCUGGGAGAGAAGUGCUUGUGCCAAACACUUGUGAACUGGACACAUCCCAGAGCUCAAAUGACAUGAAAGAAGAAACUGAGGAGGUAGUUGCAGAAACGUGCGCUUUAGAGGUGCUUGACUGUCGCCAUCUUAAAGCGGAGUUGACUCCACGUCAUCAAAACGACACACAAAAUAUCUGGAAGCGCAACGCUCGUUUAAGGCCUUUCUCUUCAGCCGCACAGACCCGCAGUCCAGACUCGACCACGGAGAAAUCGUUGUCUCUUCUUCCGAGUAUUAGACGCUUUUCGGAGGAAGGCUGGGCCAAACGGAAGAAGGACGGUGGCGCUGAGCUGCAGGGGGAAGGCAGAGCGGGGAGUAAGGAGAAGGUGGAUGAUCAGAAGGAAGCUAAACCCUUACAACUUGAAACCACGAGCCAGACCGCCACACUUGGCUUCAAAAAGGAGCAGCAGGACAACGAGGGUCCAAGCCAAAAGCUGAACGUCUCUUAUGCAAGUCCCACUUUCAAGAAGCCACUGAGUAAAGCUGGAGACAAACCAGAUGGACGUAGAAGAGCGCCUCCGCAGGAUCGGAGUGCAACCCAGAAAUGCCUUCAAUCUAACAACGCUGAAUGUGGUGUUUUCCCAGACGGCAGGAAGCGAAUGGUGGAGUCCACGUGGAGCAUCGAUCCGGCGCUCGCUUUGUCCAUGUUUGAGAGCGAGGAAGUGGAAGUACAGCAGCAACCUGGAGAGCUGGCAGACACCGACUGCACCUGGGUCAGCCACAGCAUGCUGCAGCGUCGAGCAGAGGACAGUCAGGACGGGGAACGCGUCAAGUCUGGACUCGGCGAAAAGGCCAACGACAGUUUGGAUAUGAUGUUUGAUGCAACAACUUUUGAGGAGUACAAAUCGUACACCUGCUCCAACCUGGAUCAGAGUCAGCAUUGUGAUGAUGCCGAGGAAGUUGAGGAGAUUAACGAUCAAGAUCUUCCUGAAAGUCCUGCAUGUCACAGCAAAACCCGGCAGCCGACCUUUGCGCACGUGGCCGUCGUUCGCCAGAAAGAUGAGAGGAGAAAACUGAAGGGUACCACAUGCAAGGAAUGUGAAGUGUACUACGCUCAUCUGCCCGAGGAGGAGAAACAGAAGAAGUUAUCCGCUUGCUCCAGGCAUCGAUACCGCUACAUUCCACCCUGCACUCCUGAAAACUUCUGGGAAGUUGGAUUCCCGUCAACACAGACCUGCAUCGAAAGAGGUUACAUCAGGGAGGAGAAGAACCCUCAGGCUCGUUCACGAAGACGACAGCCGUUUAAUGUUUUGUUCACCCCAAAAAAAAGCCAGAAGCAGAGCUAAGACCGUUCACCACUACAGAUAUGA